ACUGCUUCUCUUCCGACUCACUCGUACUCCUCCCACUGAAAAAACUCCCCAGUAAAAAAAAAACCCAGACGAAGAAGAAACAAUCGUACUUGCAGUACUUCACUGCUUCAAACAAAAGCCAUGAUCUUCUCGAAUUUCUAAACCCACAACUCAGUUAAAUCUGUAGCUCUCACCCCACUGUUUGCAACAAUGAGAAGCUCCCUUUUCUUCAUCACCAUCCUCACUCUCACUGUCGCUCACGGCCUCCAAUUCGAAGCCCAUGCUGCUCCUGCAGGGCCAUUGAUAAAGCACUUGUCUUCCCUUGUCAAGUGGACGAGGGCGGCAUCCGCCAAAACACCCCAAUCAGAUGGGAAUGUUGUUCAAUUCGAGAGUGGGUACUUAGUUGAGACUGUCGUGGAAGGAGCUGACAUUGGAGUUGUUCCAUUCAAGAUACGCAUUUCAGAGGAUGGGGAACUCUUUGCUGUGGACUCUGUUAAUAGUAACAUUGUCCGGAUUACACCUCCGUUGUCUCAAUAUAGUAGGGGCAGAUUGGUUGCUGGAUCCUUUCAGGGUUAUACAGGCCAUGUUGAUGGAAAGCCAAGUGAUGCUCGUUUCAAUCAUCCAAAAGGUGUAACUAUGGAUGAUAAAGGGAAUGUAUAUGUUGCUGAUACCUUGAAUCACGCCAUAAGAAAAAUUGGAGAAGCUGGUGUGACAACCAUAGCUGGUGGGAAAUCAAAUGUUGCUGGCUACAGGGAUGGACCCAGCGAAGAUGCAAUGUUCUCAAACGAUUUUGAUGUAGUAUAUGUGCAGCCCACUUGUUCGUUGCUAGUUGUCGAUAGAGGGAAUGCUGCUCUUAGGCAGAUAUCUCUCAACCAGGAGGAUUGUAAUUAUCAGUACAGCUCAAUCACUUCCACAGAUGUCCUUAUGGUUGUUGGUGCCGUCUUGAUAGGAUAUGUUACAUGCAUGCUUCAGCAGGGAUUUGGACCGUCUUUCUUCUCGAGGAUGCAGCAACCGUUAGAGAGUGAAAUUAAAGAACAUUCGCGCAACACAAAAUCCACGCCAGUUGUGGAGAUUGUGAAAGAGGACCCAGGAUGGCCAUCUUUUGGGCAGCUUGUAAUUGAUCUAUGCAAGAUUGGUCUUGAAGCAGUGACAAGCACAUUUCUUCAGUUCAUUCCCUCUCGUUUCAUACCUGGUGGUUCGCAGAAAGGCCUCACACCAUUAAAAGAUUCUCUCAGGAUGCCUGAAGACGAAGCUGACACCCCGUUGGUUCAGAGGCAAAGCACUCCUGCUCCUCUCUCGGAAACUCGACGGUCCCAUACUCCCAAUGCAAGUGAUAGAUAUUCAGAUAUGAAGCCCUCAAAGAUAAAGUCAAGUAGCUUUAAAGAUCCUUCUUUGUCAAGCAAGCACCGGUCUUCAAAGCGCCAGGAUUCUGCAGAAUUCUAUGGAUCUGGUGAAAGGUCUAAGAGCCAGAAGGAAAGGACAAGGCAUCGCCAACGAGAUAAGAGUGGAGAGGUGGUUUUUGGGGCUGCCGCUGCAGAACCAAAAACUGUGGACAUGAAGACAUCAGCGGCUUAUGACAAUCAGAAGUUUGAUAACUACAAUAUGAGGAGCAGGUAUGGACCUGACAAUUCAUACCGGUUUUAAUCAAGCUUCAACAUGGUUACUCCAUUUUUGGACCUGCUAGUUUUAGCUAGGUUUUGCCUGAUCUUGAAUGUGUAUCCCUGUAUUCCAUUUUGAGCCUCAGCUACUCUGGAAUUUGAUUCUAUACGAAUUGUGGUUUUGAGUCAAAAAUUUACAGAUGAUCUGGCUUGUACUCACAAUCAAUCAACUACUACAUAUGAUUCUAUCUAGGAAGCAUAUGCUGCUGUGAUGCUAUUGACCCAUUUGACAUGCAGAAAUGGGUUCUGCACAGUUUAAAACG